GUUUGGAAGAGGGGGGUUGAAGAAACCCAUUCUGAAUAGGCCGCUCCGCUGGGCUGUUGGGGGAUGUGAUCCGAUAGGGCGGUGGGGUUUCAUCGCUUCGUCCCACGGAUCUUUACACGUAGAAACUUGAAAGAUGGGACAACAGGUUGGCCGUGUGGGCGAGGGAGCUCCAACAGGGCUUCAGACCCCACCACAGCCCCACUCUCAACAGCAACACCAGGGAAAAGCGAAUCGGGGGAGUAGCUCCGGGAGGAGACCCAGGGAAGUUACGACCACCGGAACGCCACCGGGCAGAGCUGCUGCUGCUAACAUGCCGGAUCGGGGAAUCAAUAUUUUCACUGAACAUUCAGAAGCCUUGCACAGGCCCUUUGGGCUGGACUCUGCGGCGUUGACCGAGGCCGUUCGUUGGAGCUCGAAGGAGAACCUACUGGGGGCUGCCGAGAGUGACCCCAACCUCUUUGUUGCACUUUAUGACUUUGUCGCCAGUGGCGACAACACGCUGAGCAUCACGAAAGGAGAGAAGCUAAGGGUCCUGGGCUAUAACCAGAAUGGCGAGUGGAGUGAGGUACGCUCGAAAAACGGCCAGGGUUGGGUGCCCAGUAACUACAUCACGCCGGUCAACAGUCUGGAGAAACACAGCUGGUACCACGGGCCGGUGUCCCGCAGCGCAGCCGAAUACCUGCUCAGCAGCCUCAUCAACGGCAGCUUCCUGGUACGAGAGAGCGAGAGCAGCCCGGGUCAGCUGUCCAUCUCUCUCCGCUACGAGGGCCGAGUCUACCACUACCGCAUCAAUACCGCCUCCGACGGCAAGGUGUACGUGACGUCUGAGAGUCGUUUCAGCACGUUGGCCGAGUUGGUUCAUCAUCAUUCGACCGUGGCGGACGGCCUCGUGACCACGCUGCACUACCCGGCCCCCAAAUGCAACAAACCGACCGUCUACGGAGUCUCCCCCAUUCACGACAAGUGGGAGAUGGAGCGCACCGACAUCACCAUGAAACACAAACUGGGAGGCGGGCAGUACGGGGAAGUGUACGUGGGCGUCUGGAAAAAAUACAACCUCACCGUGGCCGUUAAAACACUCAAGGAGGAUACGAUGGAAGUGGAGGAGUUUUUGAAAGAGGCAGCCGUCAUGAAGGAGGUGAAACACCCUAAUCUGGUUCAGCUUUUAGGUGUGUGUACUCUGGAGCCACCCUUCUACAUCGUAACGGAGUACAUGCCUCACGGGAACCUGUUGGAUUACCUGCGCGAGUGUGACCGGGAGGAGGUCAACGCCGUGGUGCUGCUAUAUAUGGCCACGCAGAUCUCCUCUGCCAUGGAGUACCUAGAGAAAAAGAACUUUAUCCACAGGGACCUGGCGGCACGGAAUUGCCUCGUGGGUGAGAAUCACGUCGUGAAAGUGGCUGACUUUGGACUGAGUCGACUGAUGACCGGGGACACAUACACAGCCCACGCAGGAGCCAAGUUCCCCAUCAAAUGGACGGCUCCAGAGAGUCUGGCCUACAAUACCUUCUCCAUCAAGUCUGACGUCUGGGCAUUUGGAGUGCUGCUCUGGGAAAUUGCCACCUACGGCAUGUCUCCGUACCCUGGCAUCGAUCUGUCUCAGGUGUAUGAUCUGCUGGAGAAGGGGUACCGCAUGGAGCAGCCAGAGGGAUGUCCUCCCAAGGUCUACGAGCUCAUGAGAGCCUGUUGGCAGUGGAGCCCCUUGGACAGACCCUCAUUUGCUGAGAUUCACCAGGCUUUCGAAACCAUGUUCCAUGAUUCCAGCAUCUCUGAAGAGGUGGCAGAGGAGCUGUGUAAGACCGCCUCCUCCGGCCACGUGGGCGUGGCGCAUUCGUUUGGCCACGACAUGCCUCUCCUGCCCUCCAAGUCGCGAACGAUAAAGAAGCACACGGAGAACAAAGAGAACAUAGAGGGAGGGCUGGACGGCAGGCAGGAGCCAGGCGCUCACGGUCCGGCAGCCUCUUUCCUGGCAGGGGACGGACAUAUGAGUAGUUCGCCCGCCCUGCCACGCAAACAGCGAGACAAAUCUCCCAGCAGCCUUUUGGAGGACUCUCAGGAGACCACUUUCACACGGGACCGUAAAGCUGGCUUCUUCAGCUCCUUCAUGAGGAAGAACCUUCCGAUGCCACCCAAGAGAAGCAGCUCUUUCCGUGAUAUGGAGACGCAACCGCACAAAAAAUACGAACCCACGGCCGGGUUUGGCGGCCCACCCCCACCCCUGCCUCAGACGGACGGGUUGAGUUUUUCCCCUUCUCACGGAGAAGGCAACCACGUUCAGUCACGCUGCUGCGGGGCCACAUUCGGACAGAAGCCCUCAGCUGUGUCAGGGGGUUCCUCUGCUCAAGUCGGUAGCAGUGGCAGCAGCUGGGCUGGUCUGGCAGGUUUCUUUACCCCUCGUCUCAUUAAAAAGACUCUUGGGCUUAGGACUGGGAAGCCCCAGGGAGCUGAGGAAGGGGGCAGAGGAGCUAAGCCUUUCCCCAGGUCCAAUUCCACCUCCUCCAUGUCGGCAGGGCUUCCUGACCUGGAAAGGAUGGCUCUGACUUUACCCAGGAACCGAAGCAAGCCUCCACUGGAACGCACGGCCUCCACCACCUCUCAGCCAGAGAACGGGGCAGCUCGCCCCUCGGACGCUCCGCUGCGCAAACUGGACGAGGGCACCGCCCAAAUUCGCGACCGACCCAAAGCCAAACUCUUGCCCCGUGGGGUGGGUGGGAGCGGAGGGGGCGUUAGGGCUCCCGGCGUCGGGGGAGAGGCGGAAUCGGACAGUCACACACGGGGGCGGGAGGCGCAGGAAGACCGGCUGGGGUGGUCUUCUCCAUCCAAGUCCUCGACCGUAGGUCCGCACAACCACAAGGUCCCGGUUCUGAUCUCACCCACGCUGAAGCACAGCCCGGCCGACGUGCACCUGGUCGGGGUCGACUCUCAGGGCAACCGCUUCAAACUGCUGACAGAGCACCAGGGUUCAGACCGCGACCGACCGCGCUUGGUCAAGCCGAAGUGUGCUCCCCCUCCACCACCCACACUACGUUCUCUCCAGCUUCCCUACGGUGGAGAUGGAACGGAAGAUCCUGCCGGCGGUAACAUAGAGGUCAACGGUGAUGGAGCCAAGAAGCCAGGGAGAGGGGUCGGAGGGGCCAGACCGUCAAUACCGCCACCUCAAGUGCCUCCAGUGCCCUCCGCCUCUUCCUCCUCCAUCAGUAACACCACCCCAACCAAAAUGACCAACGGUGCCGCAGCCUCCACCGCAGCACCUCCCACAGGCUCCAAACCGACACUGCGACGGACUCGACAGCAAACGGAGAGAGUUCCCCUCGAGAAGAUCAGCAAAGAGGCUUUGCUGGAGUGUGCGGAGUGCCUGAGCAAUGCACUCCACUGCGGUCCCGAGCCUCCAUCCAGCAGCCAGGUCCUGGACGCGGGACACCAGCUGCUAGACUACUGCUCGGGUUACGUGGAUUGCAUCCCUCAAACGCGUAACAAAUUUGCCUUCCGGGAGGCGGUGAGCAAACUGGAGCUGAGCCUGCAGGAGCUGCGGGCCUCCUCAAGUGGAGGCGGAGGGGCACUGGGUGGCCUUGGGACCAACCCCGCACUGGACAACUUGCACAGCUGCAUUAAGGAAAUCAGUGACGUGGUGCAGAGGUAG